UAACUUCUGCAGGCCAUCUCUAUCUUUACCGUCAAUCGGAGCGGCGGAUUAGCGCGCGCUAGGUGCGCGGAUUAACCAGCUUUCUGCGCGUGACCAUGAAUGUGCGGUCCUGACAGAUCAUACUGCGGGUCACCAUCGAUUCGGAAACUGACGCAUCCAUCCGGGUCCACCGCUCCGUGGAGGGCAGAGGACCCGACCAUCUGCGGCGCAGAGAGGGGAGGUAAGCCGCUUAUAGGGAACCGCAAACGGGCCUGCUGUCGGAACCAUGCGAAGAAAGGACGGAUUCCUGUUUUCAGAGAGGAUUGAUCUGUGAAAUGAGGCUUUGUUCCUAACAGCUGGAGUCCAAAUAACGGUACCAGCCCCCCUGAAGGAAUGUUCACUCUCACAGAAGUAGCCUCUCUGAAUGAUAUCCAGCCAACCUAUAGGAUACUGAAACCAUGGUGGGACGUCUUCAUGGAUUACCUUGGUAUCGUGAUGCUGAUGUUGGCCAUAUUUUCUGGAACCAUGCAGUUGACGAAGGACCAGGUCGUUUGCCUUCCCAUCUUAGAGCAAACGCAAGAUGGAUCAGGGGGUUUCUUGGAAACUCAAAUGCCAGAGCCAGGGGAGGGUUUCUGGAACAAAGAAAAUGCAAUUGGGGAACAAGCCGCGCCUCUGAUGUCUAAACGGCCUCCCAAAGGCAUAGUCCCUUCAAGUCCUUUUCCACAGUCGGCUGCUUUCAUGCCACCACAGCCUAAAGGUGUUAGAACCAAGCUGGAUUUUCAGCAGUAUGUUUUUGUCAACCAGAUGUGCUACCAUGUUGCUCUUCCUUGGUAUUCGAAAUAUUUCCCUUACCUUGCUUUAAUACAUACUAUCGUGUUGAUGGUCAGCAGCAACUUUUGGUUCAAAUACCCAAAGACAAGUUCAAAAGUUGAACAUUUUGUUUCCAUACUUGGAAAAUGCUUCGAGUCCCCUUGGACUACUAAAGCUCUGUCUGAGACUGCAUGCGAGGACUCAGAGGAGAAUAAGCAGAGGCUGGCCGGAGCCUCAACUCUUCUGAAACAUCUGUCCACAAGCAGCGAGGAUGGCAGUCCCAAUCAGUCAGCCCCAGUGGGAAGCAAGUCCGGAGUCGCCUUUUCUGUCGAAAGGCUUGUGAGUGAAAUUCCUUCCAUGACCAUACUGGACAAAAAGGACGGGGAGCAAGCCAAAGCCCUGUUUGAGAAGGUCCGGAAGUUCCGUGCACACGUAGAAGACAGCGAUUUGAUAUACAGACUCUAUGCCAUUCAGACAGUCAUUAAAACCGUGAAAUUUAUUUUGAUCCUGUGCUACACUAUGACAUUUGUGGCAUCUAUAGAUUUUGACCAUGUGUGUGAACCGGAAAUAAAGCAUUUGACUGGAUAUUCAAAGUUUCACUGCACCCACAACAUGGCAUUCAUGUUGAAGAAACUCCUCGUCUGUUAUAUUGCACUCAUCUGUGUUUAUGGCGUUAUCUGCAUAUACACAUUGUUCUGGCUGUUUCGCCGACCGCUGAAGGAGUAUUCCUUUGAAAAGGUCAGAGAGGAAAGCAGUUUCAGUGACAUACCUGAUGUUAAGAAUGACUUUGCAUUCCUUCUCCAUAUGGUUGAUCAGUAUGAUCUGUUGUAUUCAAAGCGCUUUGGGGUUUUUCUGUCAGAGGUGAGUGAGAACAAACUUCGAGAGAUCAGCCUUAACCACGAGUGGACCUUUGAGAAGUUACGGCAGCAUGUGACCCGUAAUCCUCAAGAUAAAUUGGAGCUUCACCUUUUCAUGCUGUCUGGUGUGCCGGAUGCUGUGUUUGAGCUUACAGACUUGGAAAUUCUUAAAUUGGAGUUGAUUCCAGAGGCCAAGAUAACAGCUAAGAUUUCCCAAAUGAUCAACCUUCAGGAGUUGCACUUUUACCACUGUCCAGCCAAAGUCGAGCAGACUGCUUUUAUUUUCCUUUGUGAUCACCUCCGGUGCCUUCAUGUAAAGUUCACAGAUGUUGCUGAGAUUCCCAGCUGGGUUUACCUGUUGAAAAACUUGCAGGAGCUGUAUUUGAUCGGCAAUCUGAACUCGGAGAACAACAAACUGAUCGGACUUGAGUCUCUGCGAGAUCUUCGACAUUUGAAGAUUUUGCAGCUCAAGAGCAACCUGACAAAGAUCCCAACAAACAUCACCGACCUCUCUCCUCACCUGGUUAGAUUGGUUAUUCACAAUGAUGGCACCAAGCUUUUAGUGCUGAAUAGUUUGAAGAAAAUUGUUAACCUUGCAGAGCUGGAGUUACAUAACUGUGAGCUAGAGCGCAUACCUCAUGCCAUCUUCAGUCUAAACAACCUUCAGGAACUUGAUCUAAAAUCAAACAACAUCCGCACCAUCGAAGAGGUCAUCAGCUUCCAGCACCUCAAGAGACUAACUUGUCUCAAACUGUGGUACAACAAAAUCAUCAGUAUUCCAAUGUCAAUCAGUCAUGUGAAAAACCUGGAGUCCCUCUAUCUCUCACACAACAAGCUAGACUCCCUUCCCUCACCAUUAUUCACUCUCCUCAAGCUGAGGUACCUCGAUCUUAGUCAUAACUCUGUAGCUGUAAUCCCUCCAGAAGUGGGCUUCCUCCAGAACCUCCAACAUUUUGCCAUCACAGGCAACAAGGUUGAGGUAGUCCCAAAGCAGCUGUUUAAGUGUGUCAAGCUAAGGACAUUAUGUCUCGGACAAAACUGCAUCACCUCCAUCCCAGAGAAAAUUGGCCAUCUCUCGCAGCUCACGCAUCUGGAGUUGAAGGGAAACUGUCUUGACCGUCUCCCAGUUCAGCUUGGUCACUGCAGCCUCCUACGCAGGAGCUGUCUGUUUGUGGAGGACCACCUCUUUGAUUCCCUUCCUAUGGAGGUCAAAGAGAGCAUAAAUCAGGAAGCUAGUGUCUCCUUUGCAAAUGGGUGUAAAUGUUUAAUGGAAGGUCGGUAGUUUAAUGGUAUUAUAUGCCAUUGCCAUUAUUACGUAGUUAUUGUUUUCAGCACACAAAAUUAACUGUAGUUUAAGGCCUGGUUUAUAUUUAGAAACCAAGUCAUCUGUGUGUGUCGCAAUUUACGCCCCUUUCCGCAGACUCUUGUGCACCUCCCCAAAAUUGUAGGUGACCGCAGAGAGUGC